UAUGGUGGUAUAGGAGCGAGCUAUAGGGACAAGCGGCAGUGUUGGGAGGGUCAUGAGCGCAGAAGGACACACAUACACAACUGUUUGGUCAGACGAGACAUGUAUCAGAAUGGCCGACACAAACAUGAAAAUAAUGUAUCCGGCAACAAAGAUGGAGGAGUCCAUUGGCGUGGCGGCAACAGCAACAUCGCCAAUGGGAACGGGCACGCCGUCUCAGUCGGGGAUGCAACAGGGGCCGGUGAAACGGAUGCAUCGCUGUCCGAAGUGGCCGUCCCAGGGGGAGACAAGCUGGAGGGGACGGACGCAGUUGAGGACGACACUCUUCACCUCAAGAGACGGGUGGGACUCUUCAGUGGGGUGGCUCUAAUUGUUGGCACCAUGAUCGGGUCUGGAAUUUUCGUGUCCCCGUCGGGCCUCUUGAUUCGAACGGGUUCCAUCGGGUUAAGCUUCAUAAUAUGGGUGGCGUGUGGUUUGCUGUCAUUAUUAGGUGCCCUCGCGUAUGCCGAGUUGGGUACAAUGAACACCAGCUCUGGGGCCGAGUACGCCUACUUCAUGGAUGCCUUCGGUUCCAUGCCUGCCUACCUGUUCUCCUGGGUGUCCACGUUGGUGCUGAAGCCUUCGCAGCUAGCCAUCAUCUGCCUCAGCUUCUCUAAGUAUGCGGUUGAAGCCUUCGUUACGGAGUGUGAACCGCCAGACAGUGUCGUCAAGCUGGUGGCUGUCCUAGCCAUUGCGGUGAUCCUGUUCAUCAACUGCUACAGUGUGAAUCUGGCGACUGGGGUUCAGAAUGUCUUCACUGCGGCGAAGCUGGUCGCCAUCCUUAUCAUUAUCUGCGGGGGCGCCUACAAACUGGGAGAGGGUAACACCCAGCAUCUGAAAAAUGUAUUCGAAGGUACGUCCUUCUCUUUGGGGAAUAUCGCUACUGCAUUUUAUACUGGACUCUGGGCGUAUGAUGGUUGGAACAACCUCAAUUAUGUCACUGAAGAAAUCAAGAACCCAUCCGUGAAUCUUCCUCGAUCCAUCAUUAUUGGUAUCCCGCUGGUGACUAUAUGCUAUGCUCUCAUCAAUGUCUCCUACCUGGCUGUCAUGUCCGCGACAGAGCUUGUGGAAUCAGAAGCAGUGGCAGUGACUUUCGGGAAUCGAAUUCUCGGGGUGAUGGCUUGGCUGAUGCCCUUAUCCGUCACAGUAUCAACAUUCGGAUCGGCUAACGGGACGCUGUUUGCUGCAGGAAGGUUGUGCUUCGCUGCCAGCCGAGAGGGUCAUCUUCUGGAUAUCUUGUCAUAUGUUCACGUGCGACGAUACACCCCCGCCCCAGGGCUCAUAUUCCAUUCCCUGAUCGCUGUCGCCAUGGUGAUAUCAGGUAGUAUAGAUUCUCUGAUCGAUUUCUUCAGCUUCACAGCCUGGAUCUUCUAUGGGGGCUCGAUGCUGGCCCUGAUCGUGAUGCGGUACACCAAACCCAACGCUUUGCGGCCAUAUAAGGUGCCUCUCAUCAUUCCAAUAGUGGUGCUGGCGAUCUCUGUAUAUUUGAUUGCCGCGCCGAUCAUAGAGAACCCUCAGAUAGAAUACCUGUACGCCGCUCUGUUCAUCGUGGCUGGACUCAUCUUCUACGUACCGUUUGUCCACUACGGUUUCGUACCAAGCUUCAUGGAUAGCGUCACGGUGUUCUUUCAGCUGUUGCUGGAAGUAGCGCCUACUCAGUCCAUCUUUGAUUAGCACGAAAGAAGAAACGGGAAGUCUUAAUUGACUGAAACAUACCUAUUCAUCACGACACGGCGUGAUGUUACAUUCGCGUGUAAACAACUUCACAGCAAGAUUUAAUGUCUUGUAAUUGUAUUUUAAGAUAUGUUGUUGUAUUUUCAUCUUAAUAACAUCGUGACUUGAGGUCUAGGUUGUUUUAUUCAUUAUAACAUUAGAGAAGGGAACUUUAAAAAUGUGCUGGACUCUGCUUUAAGGAAAAUACUGGAAAGUAAUUGAUAAUAUGACGAUAUAGUAUUAUAAAAAAGAAAACAAACAACAAUGAAUUAGAUCUGUGUUUGUUGUAUAGAAAUGAUAAAAAUACUCAGUAAACAUCCUAAUUAAUAGAAUAAUGUAACCAUUACGGUUCUCACAGAUAGCUGAUGGUAUUAAUCAGCGCUUAUAAUUGUCUUACCAUCUGAAAACAAACAAUAAGUAAAUCAAAACAGUAUCAAGUGUUGGAAUUUGUGAUGUUCUAAGCGUAUUAAAUUACAAUCCAAUUGUUGUUCUCUCUGAUUAGAAGCAGGCACUGGCUUAAUGUAAUAGAAAAUGCUAAAUGUUGUUUACACAUUGUCCUAGAAAUUGAUAUAGGCAAAAUAUUCUAAUGGCAGAGAUGACAUGACUAUUGGAAUAAUAAAAAUUAUUAUUUGCAGAAGUAUUUCUUCUUACAAUAGAUUAUAUUUUGAAGCCUGUAAAUAUACCGUUUUCCAUCUCAAACCACUAUUCAUAUAACCAAGAUAUUCUGCCAUGAACUUAGAGCAUGUUUUCCUUAUAAAUAUUUUUAUAUUUUGGGUUUUAUAUGUGAAAGAGAUAUUUACAUUUUGUAUUAAACUUUUGACACUAUUCUGCUUACAAUUCAUUUUAAAUCGGUUUUUAUUUUUACAUCAAGGGAAUCCAUUGCUCAUGUUAUGCAAUAAUAAUAAAUUAUACUACAAAUCCAUGAAUCUAUUGAGUAAAUGGACAUACGCUCUGAGUAGUAUGCAAAUAAGUGUACUGAUUUAUACUUUUCUUUCUUAUUUUUAUUCAAAUCUCGACAUAACUGCUUUUAAAAUAAUGUACAAUUCUUAUUUCAGUACGCAUUUGCUGUAUUAGAAAUAAUUCUCUAGUAAAAUCUACCAAAAUAAAUAUUCGAAACACUUCGUAUUAUUUCGUUUACUGAUUGGAGCGAAUUCUGCUAAAAGAGGAUGUAGAACACAUUAACAUAAUAGGUUUCAUGUUAAUCUCAGUGUCUAUAUACAUCCUUAGAUUUAAGAAAGAGGCGCUGGUUUCCUUAAAGAGUAAUCGGUUCGAGAAUGGAUUGAAAAUUUGUUAUUAAAUGUGAUAUUUUCAACUUGUUGGCAAAGAUUUCUUAUCCAUGGUUAAUAUAAUUUUUCAUAAGUUUAAUUAUUAUUGAUUUUGAAUUAUGUAGUUAUGUAAUGGUAGUGUAAUUUGUAGAAACGAAUUGAAAUGACAUUUUUUGUUACAAUAGCAAUAAAAGAUAACAAAUUAUUCAGUUUAUAUCUCUAAUUUUUACGUUAUUGAAACCACCCUUUAUAUUAUAAAUACACCUAUAAACUUCAAAUUACAGUAUGAAAAUUCUGAUUUAUUUUUGUAUUUUCUUUCGUUGAUUCCUGAUUGAAAUAUAAACUAGUGUAUUUUGCAAGUCAACAUGUAUUUGUUAUUCCCUUUCGUAAAUAUAUAAGUAUUUGCAUUGGAGAAUCCCUUCUGAGUCUCACAAUCAUACCAUAUUUGUGGUUGAAAAUAAUGUUGGUUCUGUCAUCUGGUGUGAUGGUGUUCUGAUAACAGACCAAAAGAGCAAUACACGUAGGACACGAUGAGUGAUUAAAGUGGUUGUUUAUGUAUAAAUUUAAGAACUGGUAUAUGUACUCAUCUAUUUUAUUAUAUUAUUAUUUUCCACAUAUCCAGUAGUUCAAAGUAAUAUUACAUAUAUAUCAUUUAUUUCCAUCGUUCUAUAAAAAGUAAUAUUUAAACAUAUUCUCAUAUUGCAGAGAACAAGUACAAGUAUACAAAUUGUAAUUCAGUAGGUUUGUCUAAUAGUUGACUAUGUUGAAAGUAUUCAGAAAUCAAUUGUAUGUAUCAUUUUAUUUCAGAAAAGAAAUUUAUGUUCCGAGAUUUCGCUCAAUUGCUGAAUGGCCAUUCUGACGAGUUUUAUAACGUGAAUGGCCGAUUCUGAAAUUCGUAAUUGUAUUUGCAAAUUUCCUUAAAUAUCACAUUACUGAUUUCUAACAUAAUGAACAAAAAAAUCAACUACAGGAAGAAAUACAUUUAUAUUAAUACUAUACAAUUUCCAACGGCAUUCUCUGAAGAUCAUUGAGCACAUUUGUGUAUAGACAACGAAAUGGAAAUUAGUGGACUAUUCCCAUACUGAAUUUCAGGAAAUUUAUCGAAGCAUUUAUGGGAUACAUGGAAAAUUCCAUACAGUAAAGUCUGUUAGAGAUACAUAUAGCUGUAGACUGGAAUUAUUCAGCAACUGUAUUAUGCAUGGGGAAGUCCAUUUUUGACUUCAGAAAUGGCAUAUAAUUGUGAAAUCUGCAAUGUUUUAGGCUGAUUCUAGGCCAGAGACAGAUAUGUGAUAAACAUAGUAAAGAGCCCUUAAUAUUAAAUCAGCACGUAUUGCCAAGUGUUUACAUCAGAAAUGACAAUUUAUUACUUCUCUUUUUGACAAUAUGAUCAGCAUUUCAAUAUUAAUUUCAUGUUUAUUAUGGUAUUAUUAUGUAGAAGUCAGUAUGGAGCAUGGAUACCAGUUCCUUAAUUUCGAAGAGAGAAUAAAUCUAUGCAGACAUAUUAGAAGUAAUACAGAAUUUAUAGCUAUACUCGUAUACGAGAAUAAUAUCGAAGUGUAAUGUUAACCAAAAAAAGAAAAAAGAAAGAAAGAAACUGUGUGAUGCAAAGAAGGGAAUGAAAAUGUAAACCGAACGUUUAAUUAAAUACUCCAGGAGUAGGAAAUUGACAGUUUAUAUUGUGCCUACAUACAUGAAGCAAAGAAAGAACCGGACAGCAGGAGCACUCGAUAUUCUCGCGAGUAAACCUACAAUAUUUCAAUUAAAUAAUGAAAUAUUUUAAAAUAUUCCGUUCUUGUAUUGAGGAAAAUAUGUUUGUUUGUAACAUGUUAAAAUCAUACCUAACACUAUUUUCUCGAGAGUGAUAAAGUGGAUAAUUUUACACAGUGUUAAUACUAAUGUGUCAGAAUCAGUUUGUGAGACAAAAUUAUAUGAUGAGUCACGAUAAAAUUAAUUACAAAGAACUUGUUCCAAGAUUUUCAGGCAAGGAAUUCAAUUUAUUUUACAGAAAAUAUUUGUAUAAGGGCAAAAAUAUAAUUAAAUAAUAUAUUGGUGUUUAUCUAAAACUACAGUACAGUUUGUUGUAUGUGGGACCUUAGAAAACGCACAGGGUUAGAGAAUACGGUAAAUUCAUUCAGAAUAAAAUGAAACGUUUUCACAUGGUUACAUAUGUCUCAUACAAAGAAAUUAUAAAUUUGUUCUCCAAUAUGUUCUAUGUUAAUUGUUGGGAUAACAAGAUGGAAUUUAUUAUUCCUAGAUUUUAAAAACAAUUUUUUUAUAUAUAUCACAUUCUCUGAUACAUUAUAUUUUAUUUCAAGAAAUGUCAGCCUUAUUCAACAAUGUAAUGCAAAAGUUUAGUGACACAAAGCUAAAACACCAAACAUUUUGUAUCAUCUUUAUCAUUCUAUAUUUUGAAGGAGAUUAAUGCCAGAAGUAUUGGUUUACCGCAUUUUAAGAAUAAAUUUAAUGAUAAUUACCACAGACAGUGAUAAUCAUUUGUAGUAAUGUUUAUGCCAUAUCGUAUUGAAGGAUAUUGAAGACUUGAAAUAUAUUGAAUAUUCUUAGUUAUUAAUGUUUAUUUUUAUUCUUAUAUAAAAGUAAACUGUAUUUUUGUUACCUGUUGAAGUCCUUCUGGUAAAAUGUGAUUAUUGUUGCUUGAAAGAAGGAUUAAUAGAAAGAAAAGCAUGCAUAGGCGUGUACAAAGUUACAGUUAUGAUAUUCGCGCUCAGAACAGAUAAUAAUUUUCUUUAUUUUAAGUCCCGCAUUGCAAGGCCAGAGUAGUAAACCGAUUUUUGGAAAACGAAAGAGUUCUAAGAGCCUUCUACAAUGCAGGAAUUAAAAUAUCAUAUUCAAGUAUAAUUGUUAAAAAUGGGGCGCGAGAUCUUUUGGUUUCUAGUUACAUUAAGUAGAAAUGUCUCUCUUCUAAAUUUUUGUUAGUGAUGCAAGCUACAGUAAAUUUCGCCACCUGAAACUUACUGUAGAAACUUGAAGAAUCUACGCCAAUGAUUCCAAUUCUAAAACAUCCGGGGUCCGGCUCGUUAUUAAAAUAGUAGUUCUACCUUCAGAAGGAAGAAGCUUUCUGUUUUGCGAGGAGUUUUUUUAAAAUCAUAUACAUUUAAUUCUAUAUUAAUCAUGAAAGAACGGUCUUUAAAAGUGUAGCAGUUACUGAUGUUUUAUUACUAAUAAUUACAUAGAACAGAAUAUAGUUAUGUUAGUAAUACCCUCGAAUGCAUCAUCAAAGCAUGACUAAGAUACGUUUGGAGAAAAUAUUCGUGAGCAAAGAGAGACGGCUUCCCGAAAUGCAGGGACGUUUCUGCAUAAAUAAAUAAUGUGUGUGUGUGUCAAUUAUUAUUUUCGAGACCUCGUGUCUCACCGAACCUACCGUCAAGUCCCACCAAUGGGACGUGUUCUACCGGCUGAGAAACAUUGAUCUAGAUCAUAAUUCUUGAAUAAUAUGCCAGAAUGUGAAACAGUGUUGAAAUAAUCAAAAUGCAAUAUGCAAGAAAUUAUGUGAUAUUAUUUUAAUAACGAUUCACUCUCUUCACUAAAUAGCGUAGGAAAAGGGUACCUUGUAUGGCCAUUUGACUGAAUUGUUUCGAGAUUCGUGUGGAGGAUAUACUUUGUUUUUUUAUAAAUCUGUAUGCUAACUUUACUGCAGUAUUGACCCGAACGCCAUUUUUAUUUUCUGGAUCCAGUGGCGGGACUAUAUCUUAGGCCCCUUACAGCGUAAAGGAAACUGCACACCACUUUACUUAACUGUCAGUCACUUGAUAUUUUCCACAAAAUGUGAAAUUACAAAAUUUUUCUGCCAGAAUAUACAGCUCUUGUUUCACUGUAAAACUUUAAUCUGGCAGUGUCUUGUCUUCAUGCCUUUGACUAUCAAGGGUGCUACAUUCUGGGAUGUGUUUUCUGAUAGAAGUUUUCCGAUGUUUCGGAGGAGCCAAGCAAGCAGCACGUAGAGCUUUGCGUCACGUUCCAGAAGAUCGUAAUUUUUGAGAAAUUAUGCAGACUUAUCGAAAAAUUAUACGUUUAAUCUGAAAAAA